CCCCUGCACUAUGGGACCCUCAUGGGCAGCAGAGCCUGUGUCAAAAUGGCAGCAGCUGCCUGGGGCAGUAGUCUUGUCAACGCUCUCCUGCACACUGCUAACACCUUUUCAAUACCACUCUGCCAAGGCAACACAGUGGACCAGUUCUUCUGUGAAAUCCCCCAGAUCCUCAAGCUCUCCUGCUCAGACUCCUACCUCAGGGAAGUGGGGCUUCUUGUCAUUAGUGCCUGUUUAGGCUUUGGGUGUUUCAUUUUCAUUGUGGUGUCCUACGUGCAGAUCUUCACUGCUGUGCUGAGGAUCCCCUCUGAGCAGGGCCGGCACAAAGCCUUUUCCAUGUGCCUCCCGCACCUGGCUGUGGUCUCCCUGUUCAUCAGCACUGUCAUGUUUGCUUACCUGAAGCCCCCCUCCCUCUCCUCCCCAUCUCUGGAUCUGGUGGUGGCUGUUCUGUACUCGGUGGUGCCUCCACGUCUGAAUUCCUCCCGCUUCUCCAUUAGUCCAAACCCCAUGGGUCUGACCCAGAGGCCUUCUGUAAAUCUGCCCCUCAUUGUGUCAGAGCUGGCCUCCCAAGUAGUAUCUCUGCAAUAA